AUGACACUGGUUGGAAAAAUUUUGGGCCCGAAGCCAAAUAUUGAUAUUGUUAAGGCAUUUAAUAAAUGCAAAUGGGCACUUAAAGGUCAAGUAGAUAUCACUACUAUGUCCAAAGGGGGGUUGUCAAUGACUUUCUCUUGUAAGGAAGACAUGUCAAGGGUGCUCUGUGGUGGCCCUUGGCUGAUUAGUAAAUCAACGCUUACUUUGCAAAAAUGGUCACCUAAGAUGGACCUAAAUGAAUCCUUUUUUGUUCAAGCUCCAGUCUGGGUCAGACUAUCGGGCCUUCCCUUAGAGUUCUGGGUGGAAGAUGUUUUUAAAGGAAUCGCUAGUUCUUUCGAUGAACUCCUUUCUAUGGAUCCUAUCACAGCUGCUAGAAGAAGACUUAUUUUUGCCAAGAUUUGUGUGGGAGUUAUACAAGGCACAUAUAUGCCCCUAUCCAUUGAGAUUAACUCUAGAUUGGGAAAAUGGAUCCAACCAUUGGAAUAUGAAAGUGCCCCUUUUGCUUGUUUUCAUUGCAAAAAAUCUGGACAUACAGCAAGGAAAUGCCCUCUUCACGUUGUCAAAGAGAAAGAAAAGAAAGAAAAGGCAAUGCAAUGGAAAGCAAAAAACCCUAUUAAGCAACCUGAGGAAUCUGAAAAGGAGAAAAGGAUCAAAGAGGCCUAG